AUGGCGCCAGGAACUCGUCGCGCGAAUCGUAGCGGAUACGCCGAACACGAUGACUUCGAAGGUCUUCCCGUACGCCAAUGGCGCCAGGAAUGGGUGAGUGUCGAACCCCCAGCGCCCGCCGAGACGACGCAGAAGAACGACAGAUGGGACGUCGAGCUUCCCUGGGGCAUGCCCAAGGACGCGGGUCUCCUCCCCCAGCACAGCCAGGACCUGCUCCGCGCCGCGCGAUCGGGCGUCCUCUACAAGAGGCCCGCGCCGACGGAGGAGGAGGAGGUCGAGGCCGACGCUGUGCCUGAGAAGGUGGAGAAGAAGGAGGACGAGGCGGAGACCAAGGGGUUCCAGAUCAAGGUGUGGAAGCAGAUCAACCGCAACUCGGAGGGCUCCCCCGUUUCGCACUUGGCCAAGCGCAGGAAAGGCACGGUGACCAUCUCGUCCAAGACCGUCUCGAGCCACGUUCCCGGCGCGACGGUCACCAAGGCUACUGUGCGAAGAGUCGAUGCUGCAGGGAAUCCAUACACCCAGGAGAUCACGCUGCAGGAGGGCCAGGCAGUUGAGGGAGAAAUCAUCUCGACGACAGUCGUGGCCGUCGCGGCUGUUGAUCCCGCGCAACAAGCGCCGCAGCGCGUCCGAAGACCACCGCCACCCAAGAAGAAGAACAAGCCUGGCCCUGGACGUGGUCGCAAGAAGAAGGUUCUCCCUUUGCCCGCGUCGGCGGCGUCUGGCGCACCGGUAGCUGCGCCACCACCAGAAGGUGUUCCCGUAGCUCCCAAAGUCGAGGGGGCGGAUGGAGCAGAGCCUGCUGUCAAGCAAGAGCGGGAGGACUCGAACAACCCCGACAGCGAGAUGGCUGACAACGACGAUGACGAGGGUGACGAUGAUGAUGGCGAUGACGGCGAGGAUGGUGACGAUGAGCCGCGCGACGGUGAAAACACGGAUAGUCAAGACCAGGAAAUGACCGACGCAUCUCCAUCUGUGCCUACACCGACUGUUGACGCAACGGCAGAGUUGACCGACCCCGAAUCACCCGUGCCAAAACGCGCUGCACCCAUGGCAAACCCCAUCAGCCUCGCUCCUCCCGCCAUGCACCUGGCGAACUCCUCUCCCAAGGGCAGCCCUCUCAAGAAUGUCGUCCUGCCAUCCCCGACGGAGCCACCAGCCCAAUUUUCAUCCAUUUCAGAAGCCUUAGUGCCGGCAGCCGAGCCAAAGAGCGAGCCUGCGCAGGCUGAUAUGCCCAUGAAUGAUGGGCCUGAGCCUCUCAAGGAGCCCUCUCCACAGGCGCCUCAUGGAUCAAUGGAUUCGCCUGUGCCUGACCACCUACCUCCUCCCACUGAUACCACGACGGAACUUCAAGAUGCGUCGACAGCACUCCCGCCUGCCGAAAAGGUGGGCGACAUUGUCUCGCCAAUGGCCGAGACCAGAUCAACUUUUUCGUUGGCAACGACUGCGGACACCGAUGCUUCGGGUACCAGGUUAGAAAGCGGCGAUCAAACAGUGGCGUCGAAUGAGGCUGCGCAAGACUCUAUGAUGCUCGACGCUCCCGAGGAACCUCAGCUCUCUCCCGUCUCCGAAACUCCCAAGGCCCCUGAGAUUCCAGAGCUUUCGGAAGCUCCCUCAACUUUCGAUGCACCGCCGCCCCCGGCUGAGGAGCCAGCGCCUCUUGUCGCCGAGGACAUUCCAGAAAGGAAAGAAGAAAGUCCUCUGGUUCCAUCAACCGAUACCGCAGAGGCACCUCUUCCAAUUCCAGUACCCGAGACCGAGCCCACGGCACCAGUGGUUGAGGAAAUGCCGCUUGCACCCCUUGUGCCCGAACAGCCCGCAGAAGCUGUCCCAUCCCCUGCGAAAUCUCCAAUGAAAUCGCCAUUGAAGUCUCCAGCGGAUGAACCAGUAAAAUCUCCGGCUCCCUUGCUCGAACCCCCAGCUCCUAUGGAGCCUCCCAUCGUAGAGCCUGCCGAUAUUCCACCAGAGAUUCCAGUUGAAGUCCCCGUCGAAGGACUCGCUGAAGGGCUAACUGCCGCACCAGCAGUACUUCUCGAGCCUCCGAUUGAACCUCCAGUUGCGCCUUUGGUUGAGAUCCCGGUUGAGAUCCCGGUUGAGAUUCCGGUCGAGGUCUCAGGAGACGUUGCGAUGGAGGAGGCACCGGCAGACGUUCCAGUGGAGAAACCCUCCGAAGCAGCAGUCGAAGUUCCACUUCUCGAAGUUUCAGCCGUCGAGGUUCCAGCCGUCGCGGUUCCGGCCGUCGAGGUUCCAAUUGUCGAGAUUCCAGCCGCCGAACCAGAGUCGAUCCCACCAGCUCCCGCCGAAGUUCCCAUGGUGCCAGAAGAUGACGGCCCGGAUCUGCUCGCCGGCCUCGAGACGGAGCUUGAUCGCCAAGCCGAGAUCAGCAAGUCUCCACUCCCCGAACCGCCUGCGGCCCCGCACCCGGAGCCGGCGGAACUCCCCGAGAUUGCCAGCCCGGUGCCGCUACCCAAAGUGCCGCCGAUUGAGCUUGAGAAGCCUGCGGAUGAGCAGACAGAGGUGGCCCCCGAAAGUGUUCUAGUCCCCGAGGCAGAGCCGGUUCCUGUCCCGCCUGCCGCAGCGGAACCAACACAAAUUGAGGAAACUGCGGCGCCCACAGAGACGGCACCUGCUGAGGAGCCAGAGAAGAAGGUAGAGGAGACGUCGACUGAUGCCGUUCCACCUGCAGCUGAUGCCUAG